GUUGUGCUGUCAAUCAAACUGUAGACGUCUCGCGCGAUGUUUUGCCCAUGCUUCAGUUGCUAAGAAGCAAAGGGACGUUGCUUUUGUUAUAACAAACGACAAAUUAGUAUCAAAUAAGUAAAGUUUCUAGUGUUUAUCUAAGAAACCUAAGGAAGUGUAAUAUUAAGUUUAAACAUUUUGCUUGGUGCAAAGACAACUGAAAACAGAAUGGCUGACUGGUCAGACUACCGUAACGAGGAUGAGGAAGAGGAGCAGGAAGAAGGAGAAGAACCAACAGGAGAAUACAAGAGCAGUGGACGUGACAGUCUGGUGUUCUUAGUGGAUGCAUCUAAAGAAAUGUUUGUUAAGGGUGAAGAUGGAGAACCAUCAAACUUUGACAUGACAAUGCAGUGUGUGCGCAGUGUGUACACCAGUAAAAUCAUAAGUAGUGACCGAGACUUGGUGGCGUUGGUGUUUUAUGGGACUAAGCAAAGCAAGAACCCCAGAAACUCUUUCAAGCAUGUCUAUGUUUUCCAUGAUCUGGAUUCUCCUGGUGCUCGGCGUGUGCAGGAAAUCGAUAACCUGAGAGGUGAUAAAGGGUCUCAACUGGCUGCAGAGACCAUGGGCAGUGGAGAGACAUCCUUGGGGGAUGCUUUGUGGUGCUGUUCAAACUUGUAUAGUGACAUUAAGCUGCGGCUGUCUCACAAACGCCUCAUGAUUUUCACCUGCAGAGAUAACCCUCAUGGAGGAGACAGAACUCAAGAUAGACAGGCUUGUACUAAGGCUGAUGAUCUUAAAGAGACAGGAGUGGUUAUAGACUUAAUGCACCUCACCAAGCCAGGAGGGUUUGAUGUUUCCCUGUUCUUCUGUGACAUUAUAAGCCCCUCUGAGGAUGAGAGUGAGUUUGGGGUGCAAUGUGAACCUUGUGGAAAACUUGAGGAACUACAGAAAAGGGUCAGAGCACGAGAGAUGCCAAAGAGAGCUAUGAGCAGAAUUACUCUGUCUCUGGGAGAUGAUAUGAAUGUGGCUGUGGGUGUUUACUUAUUGGCUAGAACAGCCACAAAACCUCCUGCCGUUAAGUUGUACAGAGAUACCAAUGAGCCAGUUCGCACUAAGACCCGUCUCUUCCACACCCAAAAUGGAAGCCUGCUAUUGCCCAGUGAUACCAAGAGAGCCCAGGUUUAUGGAAACAAGCAGAUUGUCCUGGAGAAGGACGAAGUGGAUGAGAUGAAAAAGUUUGAAAAUACAGGUCUGGUCCUAAUGGGCUUUAAGCCAAUGGAUCGUUUGAAAUUACACCAUCAUAUACGGCCUGCAGUAUUUAUAUAUCCUGAGGAGGAGCAAGUCACAGGGAGUUCCUGUGUUUUCACAGCCCUGCUGCAAAGAUGUAGUGAAAGAAAUGUGUUUGCAUUAUGUAAAUUCACUUCACGCCGGAACACUCCCCCUCGCUUUGUGGCCUUGGUACCCCAGAGAGAAGUGCUGGACAACAGUCAGGUUCAAGCUGCACCUCCAGGAUUUCAUGCUAUAUUCCUACCCUACGCGGAUGAUAUACGUACCCUGGAUGUGCAGGAGUGUCCUAGAGCCUCUGAUGAACAAAUCGACAAAAUGAAAGAGAUUGUGCACAAACUCCGCUUCAAAUACAGGAGUGAUGCAUUUGAAAAUCCAGUUCUGCAACAGCAUUAUAGAAAUCUGGAGGCCCUAGCUCUGGAUAUGGUGGCACCUGAAGCUAUUGAGGACUUUACAAUGCCCAAGGUGAAAAUGAUUGAUGAUCGACUUGGUCCUCUGCUUCAGGAAUUCAAAGAUUUGGUCUAUCCAGCAGACUACAAUCCUGAUGUAAAGCCAUCAGCUAAACGCAAACCAGCUGAGGCUGGGGGAGGUGUUGACAAGAAACCAAAAGUUGAGAUCUCAGAAGACGAGCUGCGAGCCCAUGUCGCUAAAGGAACUUUGGGCAAGCUGACAGUACCUGUGCUAAAAGAUGCCUGUAAACAAUUUGGCGUACGAACCACUGGCACCAAGAAACAGGAACUUAUAGAUGCAUUGACCCAACAGCUCUCUUAAUAAAUUCAUACAGUAGAUGGCAGAAGAUUUUGCUUGAGGUAAUGACUGUGCUUGAUGCUUACAAUUGAUUUGUAAUACCAGUUAAAAUGUGUUAGACACAAUGCAGUUUUGCUGUUGUUUUGUAGUUGGUGAAGGUACUGUUGCUAUUCUGUAUAAGUUUCUACUGCAUUUUAACCUUCACAUACUGUUGCUACACAUUGUUUGAGGGCUUUGUAAAACAGACACUCAAAAUAAAACCUUUUUGCAUUGUU